AUGAGUUUCUUGGGAAGGUUAAAUUACAUUGGACUAUUCAUAGCUCAAUCCACCAUCAUCGUGGAGCCCAUCCUCAAACUCUUAAAGAAGGACGCUCCUACAAAAUGGACAGAGGAGUGCCAAGAGGCAUUCAAUACUAUCAAGAGAUAUCUGUCCAAUUCGCCUGUCUUGGUGCCACCAAGGCCAGGGAACUUUUUGCUGCUAUACUUGUCAGUUGCUGAAAAGGCCUUUAGUUGCGUGUUAGGACAACACGAUGCAGAAGGGAAAAAGGAACGUGCCAUUUACUAUUUGAGCAAAAAAUUCACAUCUUAUGAAGCAAGAUACACGCUAGUGGAGAAAACCUCCGUUAAAGGACAGGCUUUGGCUGACUUACUACCUGUAAGUCUGGUAGAUGAAGAGAUCGAACCAAUGUGCACCUAUUUCCCAGACGAAGGGGUGUUGGCCAUAGAAGAAGAAGCAACAGGACCUUAUACUAGCUGGAAAUUGUUCUUCGACGGAGCAAUGAAUUACAAAGGUUCCGAAAUCGAAGCAGUUCUGAUAUCAGAAAAUGGGCAACACUACCCCAUGGCCGCAAAGCUCAAAUUCCAUUGUACCAACAAUAUGGCUGAAUACGAGGCCUGCAUUCUAGGUCUCCGAAUGGCCUUUGGAUAUGAAUAUCGAUGA